GCGAGGGUUACAACCGAGAGGGUGGCUGCCGGCAAGGCAAGGGCUGUGUUUUUUUUUUUUUGACGCGCGUCAAUCGUCGUUUUUCCGUGUGCCGUAACAGAUGGCGAAGACAACGGGAAAACCAGCGGCAACGGCGGCCGAUAGCGAGAAACCACGUGAAACGGUCGGUCAAAUAAUUGUGGCUUCGGCGGACGAGCCGUUGGUCAAUGCUACGGACAGAAGGCAAACGGUGGUAGGCUGUCACCGGCAGACAGACAAACGGCAACGUUCCGCGCUGUCCGCAGUCGUCCUGUCUAUCGCCAUGGUCGUCUGCGCAGCGGCCAUUGACUGGGAACAAACGACCGAUGUUUGCCGUUACUGGAUAUCCAUGGCCGUGGAACUUGUGUCUGUUGCAGACCAAAAGUGCGCAAUAAUAUUACCAGAAUUCUUAGAAGAUGUACUACGGCCACCAAUAAAUUGCUCCUAUUGCAUGGGAAUGGAUUCUAUUGAGAAAGUAAUUAACUUGUCACCAAAAACAUUUGAAAAGCACUAUGCUUACACUGGACGACCGGUAGUGGCCGUCGACGCAUCAAAUAACAAAAAAUCUGGAGAUUUUGGAUUUAGACUUUUCAAAAACCUAUCUGAUUCCAAACUGUUGAAAGCAUGUCAGUUUUUUCCAUACAAAACAGAAUUCAACACGCUCGAAGAAGCUCUAGACAUGGAUGAACAGAGGGCUGUAAUGGCACCUGGCUAUGCACCAUGGUACAUAGGAUGGAGUAACUGCGAAACCAAAUCGAUCAAUCACCUGAAAAAACAUAUAACCCUACCAAAUUUUUUACCGACCCUAUCGGACAGCAAGCAAACCCUUUGGAUUUUUAUGGGAACGCCUGGACACGGAGCUCCCAUGCACGUGGACAAGGUGGGACACCCGUCGUGGCAAACGCAAAUCAGUGGAUACAAAAAGUGGACUUUGCGCACGCCGGUCGAAUGUUUGUUCACGUGCAGACGGCAGUUUGAGGUGCUCAUGGAACCGGGCUCAACGAUUAUUAUGGACACCAACAUUUGGUAUCAUAAAACGGAAACCAUCGGACAAGAUAUCAGUGUAACAGUGGGAGGCGAAUACGAUUGAAGUACAAGAUACACACAGAGUUUCUUAGUUGCUUAAUAAUUACAAAUCAUUCAAGCCCCAAAUCAAGUGCUUUUUUUUUAUUAUUUUAAAUAAAUAUACAUACACCAACCAUAAGAAUAAAUCCAAAACGUUUGUUUUA